AUGGUAAUGGAAGGUUUCUCGGAACGACGUGGCGCUCGUAAGCAAGGUGAUGAUGUCGCACGUGUAAGCAUCGUCAUUACUGAUGGUCGUAGUCAGGAUAAUGUUACGGAAGCUGCAAUAAGCGCUCGUAAAUCCCAUAUCAAUAUGUUUUCGGUUGGUGUAACGGAUCAUGUCCUGGGAUCGGAAUUAGAAGCAAUAGCAGGUUCACCAUUACAAUGGUUCCAUGUCGAUAGGUUCAAAGAUUUGGAUACUCGGCUACGAUCAUUAAUCCAGAAAGCAGCCUGCCCAUCACCAGAACCGAAACCGCGCCCACCUGGUGGAUGUAAUCCGUCAACACAGACAGGAUGUGAUCGUUCAUUGAAUGAAGUUUGCGUUCAGGUUAAUGGCUCUACGCAGUGCGUUUGUCCAGAAGGAUUUCAGCGACAUCCAAGCACUCGACGGUGUGGAGGUAAUCAGUGUAAUCCAGAUUUGCCUACAUCAUGUCCACAUCCAGAAAUAUGCAUGGUUGCACCAUUUUCAAAUUAUCUUUGCGUUUGUCCAAAAGGCUACCUGCGUGAUCAGCGAUCCGGAAUUUGCCUGACCAGUACUCACAAAGUUGAUGAUGUGAAUGCAAAACAACAAAAGGAACCAACCGUAUUGUUGUCCCAUGAUGCUGAUUGCCGGAAUGGCGGUGUACGGUGUGGUGCUAAUGAAGAAUGUGUACGUGGUGCAACUGGUGAUUUUCACUGUGAAUGCAUUCUUGGAUAUGAGCGUAAUUUGCAUAGUGGAGAAUGUUCUGUACCAGGUUCUUGUGAUCCAACAUUGCCAAAUCCUUGCGAUAUUCGUAAGCGUGAAAAAUGCUUAUCACAUUCUAGUGGACGCUAUCAUUUAUGCCAGUGUGCUCAGGGUGAAAAGCGACAUCAUGUUACUGGAAUAUGCUUACAAGAUGAAUGUGCUUCGGGUGCUAAUGACUGUGAUAAAAAUGCUCGUUGUAUUGAUACGGAUGAUGGAUACUUAUGUGCUUGCCGAAAUGGUUUUUUGGAUCAAAGUUUGGACUUGGUUAAUAAACCAGGACGUGUUUGUGUAACUGAAAGAGACGAAUGUAAAGAUGGUACACAUAAAUGCUCCCCGAAUGCUAUUUGUACGGAUACGGUACAAGGAUAUAUCUGUCGUUGCAAGCCAGGAUUCAUCGAUUUCUCUCCAAAUCCGCAAAGCUUCGGUGGUAUUGUUUGCAAAGAAGUGGUAAAUGAAUGCCAGAAUCCUUCUCUUAAUACUUGUCAUAAGGAUGCAAUAUGCAUUGAUACGGCUGAUUCCUACAAAUGCAUCUGCAAAACAGGUUAUACAGAUUUGGAUGAACUUCGGAAUCCGGGACGAAAUUGUCAAAAAGAAAGGCAGAAUGAUCGAUGUAGACAAGGAAAUAAUGAUUGUGAUCGAAAUGCGCGAUGUAUUGAGCGGGAUGGUAAUGAUUAUGUUUGCGCUUGUUCAUCAGGUUACCGUGAUAAAAGUCCAGAUCCAAAUCGACCAGGAAGAGUGUGUAUACCCUUAAUUCCUGAAUGUGACAAUCCAACAUUGAACGAUUGUGAUUCACCGGAUCGUGCUAUCUGUACCGAUACUGAUGAAGGCUAUUUAUGUCGUUGUCGACAGGGUUUCCUGGAUAUCUCACCAAACAUUACUUCCAAACCUGGCCGUCUUUGCAAACCAUUGGAAAAUGAAUGUGCUAAGAAAGUUGACGAUUGCGCCCGAGAUGGUGGAAUCUGUGAGGAUACGCCGGAUUCUUAUACAUGUCGUUGUGCAAUCAACUAUUUGGAUGUAUCGUUCGAUCGUCAAAAUCGCCCAGGUCGAAAAUGCAAGCGACUUGUUGAUGAGUGCCAAACUGGACAGAAUGAUUGCUCCCUUGAAGCAAUAUGCACAGAUACAGAGGAUUCUUAUGAAUGUGCUUGUCCAACUGGUUACAUUGAUGUAUCACCGGAUACAGCUCGAAAGCCUGGAAGACGUUGCUUACUAAGAAUCAAUGAAUGUAAGGAAAAUCGUCAUGAUUGCUCACCGAAUGCAGAUUGUAUAGAUACAGCCGAAUCAUUUAUGUGCAAAUGUCGUGAUGAUUUUGUGGAUGAAUCGCCGGAUAUCACGAAUCGUCCGGGACGACUGUGUCGACCAGCACUGAUUGACGAAUGUCGUCUUGGAAAGCAUGACUGUCAUGAGCAUGCCGUAUGUCAAGACUUACCUCAAAGUUAUACUUGUCAUUGCAAGCCUGAAUUUAUCGAUCAAAGUCCAAAUCGGGUUGCAUUGCCCGGACGAUUGUGCACUCCAAGACCAACUCCACCACCCGCAGAAUGUCGUAUCGAUGCAGGUGCAUCAUCAUGUAAACAGGAACUGAACGAAGUUUGCCGUUUGAUCAAUGGUCAACCAAAAUGCGCAUGUCCAAUAAACUAUAGUCGAGAUCAAGUAACGAAAUCCUGUACGGUCAUAAACGAAUGUGACUUCCCUCAACUGAAUGACUGUCAUCCAAAUGCGGACUGUAUCGAUGAACCAACCUCCUAUACAUGUCGUUGCAAACAAGACUUCAAGGACAUAUCGCCCAAAAAUAAACCAGGACGUGUUUGCCAGCCACAUAUUAAUGAAUGUAAAUUGCCGCAUCUAAAUGAUUGUCAUCAGAAUGCUGUGUGUAUCGAUAAGGAAGAUGGUUAUGAAUGUAAAUGCAGUCAUGGUUACAUGGACCGGAAACCGGAACGUCCCGGAAGAUUAUGCAAGAAAAUGAUCGAUGAAUGCGCAAGAGCAGAACUUAACAGCUGUGAUAAGAAUGCAAAUUGUAUUGAUGAAGAAGAUGGUUAUCGUUGCGAAUGUAAGGAUGGCUUUUUGGAUGUAUCACCGUCACCAACAUUUCGUGGUCGUGCAUGUCGUGCACUCAUCAAUGAAUGCUCUGAUCCUAAAUUAAACGAUUGUGAUAAAACAGCAAAAUGCACUGAUACUACUGAUUCUUAUCUGUGUGAAUGUCCACCAGAUUCGAAAGAUAUCUCUCCAAAUCCCUCAUUUCCGGGUCGUGUAUGUCUUGUUUUUGAAAACGAAUGUUUGACCGGCAAGCACGAUUGUGAUUCAAAUGCAAUUUGUCGUGAUAACGAACAAUCAUUUACAUGUGAAUGUGCGCACGGGUUCACUGAUCGCUCACCGAAUCGUCUCAAUCGACCGGGUCGAGUCUGUGUAGAGCUUGUGGAUGAAUGUGCAAGUGGAAGGCACACGUGUAGUGCUCAAGCGGAAUGCCGUGAUUUGGACGAAGGUUAUACUUGUGAAUGUAAAGAUGGAUUUAUUGAUCGAUCACCCAAUUUACUCACACAACCAGGACGAGUAUGCGGUACACCAGAAGUUUGUCCACCAAAUCAUGAAUGUAGUUCAGCAGCUGUAUGUGAACCUCUCGGUGGUAAUAAAUAUGAAUGUACCUGUAUACCAGGUUAUCUGGAUCAAUCACCAUCAGGGAAAAAGGGACGCAUUUGUGUCCGAAAUAGUGCAUGUCGAGAUCCGCGUUUGAAUAAUUGUUCACGUAAUGCUAUUUGUUAUGAUGAACCGAAAGGAUAUCGUUGUGAAUGCGCACAUGGAUAUGUUGAUCGUUCAGCUGACGGAACACAAAGUGGCUAUGUUUGUGAACCACCUGCACCAGUUACACCACCACCAAAACAUCCGUGCCAAGAUCCACUUCUUAAUGAUUGUCAUCCAGCUGGCACGUGUCGUGCAACAGGAAAGCAGACAUAUACUUGUGAAUGCUUACAAGGUUAUGUCGAUCGUUCACCGGAUACUCGAAAUAAGCCAGGCCGUAUUUGUAUUCUCACCGAGCCGAUUUGUUUGGAUGCAAAUCAAAAUGAUUGCCAUCCGGCUGCUAUUUGUAGUGAAACACAAAGUGGGGAUAAGUAUACAUGUCGUUGUCGAGAUGGUUACAUCGAUCAAUCACCAGAUAAAACUAAUCGACCUGGACGAAUUUGCGUUGAACAAGUAAACGAAUGUUUGGAUCGUUCAUUGAAUGAUUGUGAUCCUUUGGCCAUUUGUCAAGACUUACCAGAUGGAUACACAUGUCGUUGUCCGCUCAAUUCCGUGGAUCGAUCACCAAAUCUAAGUAGACCUGGACGUAAAUGCUUCCAGCAAGUAAACGAAUGCCGAAACCCGUCACUAAACAAUUGUUCACGUUUCGCAGAUUGCAUUGACAAACAGGAAGGUUACGAAUGUCGCUGUCGUGAUGGUUAUCAUGAUGGUAAUUUGAAACAUCCUGGUACCAUAUGUAUUUACAUUAUCAAUGAAUGUGAAUCAGCAAAUUUGAAUGAUUGUGAUCGUCAUGCGGAAUGUAUUGAUCUAGAAGGUGGUUACGAAUGUCGUUGUAAGGAACCGUAUCGUGAUGAGUCACCAGCGGGACAACCCGGACGAAUAUGUCGCUUUAACGAAUGCUUGAUCCCAACUGACAAUACAUGUGACAAGAAAUUUGCAAUUUGCAACGAUUUAGAUGAUGGAUACACAUGUCAUUGUAAAGAGGGAUACUAUGAUAAUUCACCGAAUACGCAUGAACCGGGCAGAGUUUGCAUUGAAUUCCAAAAAGAGAAAAUUACGACAGUUUUACCGCAAGAUGCGCCACGUAUUGACGGAAUACCGUGUGGUCGUAACAAUUACUGCGCAAUAAAACGUAAUGAAGUUUGUGUUGGCGGUGUCAGAUGUAUGUGUCGUCCAGGUGAAGCUCGUGCAACAUCAAAUGAUCGUUGUGAAGUUGUCGAACGUAUACCAUUCUCGAUUCGUAUCCUUCAUAAAGAUACUGAAACAUUGUUAUAUAGCUCAGAAUAUGGUAGUAGCGAUAGUGCACCAUAUGUUGAGAUAACGCAUAUGUUUGCGAAAGACAUUGGCCGUGCAAUCAGUAGCACGACAUAUGGGACACGUUAUGUUACUACGGAUGUUAAUUACAUUACUCAUCCGAAAACUGUUAAUAGCUCUUGGCCAGAAGGUUUACUGUUUAACUUUUCGGUGGCACUUCUUCCGACCGGAACAUCAACUGAUGUUUGCAAUUUAUGGGAUCAGUUAGCAAAAUCAAUUCAACGAACCAAUGGUGCCAUUGGUGGUGGACCACUUCGUGUAGCACCUGACUAUGAUCAGCUGAAUCCAUGUCGACCAAAGUUACCACAUGGUGAAGCAUGUGGUGCUAAUAUUUGUAACAGUGAACUUGGAGAGGUAUGUAUCGCGGGAUCUCUUUGCGGUUGUAAACAUGGUGAGAAGCGUUCAUCGCCAACUGAUGUUUGUAAAUUGGUGGAAACAUGGAACGUUGUCUUGUGGGUAAUACGGAAAGAUGAUGAGAAAUUAGUAUAUACAGAUAUCUUGGCAAAUCCAAGACAUACAGUUACCAAAGAACUUGUCAAACGAUUUGAAAAUGGCAUCGGACAGUGCUAUCCAAAUACUGCAUUAGCUAGCUCUUUUGUUACAGCAGAAGUUAAUGAAAUCAUAGAUCCGAUGUCUAUUAAUGCAACAUGGGAUCAGGGCAUUCUAUUCAAUUCAACUGUCUAUUUCCGGAAAGGAUCAGUACGGUUAGCAUCGGAUGUAUAUCACAUGCUUAUUCGGUAUAUUAUAGAUCGAAACAAUUAUCAAAUCGGUCAAAGUGGCUUAUACAUUAAUAGUUAUCAACCGGAUCCAUUUAAAGCUUGCUGGAAGAAUAAUUGUCAUCCGAAGGGAAUUUGCAUCAAUCUUGGACCGAAUGCGUAUCGUUGUGAAUGUGGACAAGGAUAUCGCGAUCUGAAUCCAUCGGAUCCUGGAAGACGUUGCCUGCCGAAUACUGGUUAUAAUGAAUGUGAACGAAAGGAGGAUAACGAAUGCUCAGAAAAUGCUCGUUGUAUUGAUCAGGAACAUCUCUACAAAUGUGAAUGCUUGCCAUCGUUCAUUGACGCAUCACCCAAAGAUGCAAUUCCCGGAAGUGUUUGUGUUCUGGAUUAUUGCUCAGAUGUUAAUUUUUGCCCAAAAAAUACGACAUGUAUGAAUCAAGAGCAGCAAGCAAUAUGUCAAUGUGAUCCAGGUUAUGUAGAUAUCCGGAAAAGUGAGAAAAGGACACAACUGUUCGAUCACGAUACUUUAUGUUUAAAAAUGCGUGAUAUCGAUGAAUGCGCACUGGGAAUUACCAAUUGUUCAGGUGUUGCUGAGUGUACUGAUAAAGCGAUGGGUUAUGAAUGUCACUGUCCGGAAGGUUAUGUCGAUGGCAAUCCAGAAGAACCAGGACGAGUUUGUGGUGCACUACUUUGCGAUCUAUGCAAUUCGCAUGGUGAUUGUGUCCACAAUGCUUUGACUAAUAACAUCACCUGUGUAUGUAGUGAUGGUUGGUCUGGUGAAUUCUGUGAUGUGGCACCAUCGAAAGCUUCACUGAUAUUACUUGUCAUCCUUGCAAUCCUCUUCCUUCUGCUUACACUUUGCUGUUUACUAUAUUUCUGCACGAAAUGUAUCUGUUUCAAACGUCAUAAUUUAUUGUACCGUGAACCAUUCACGUAUCGUAAAGGUGCUUGGCCUUGGUCUACCCUAGAAGCAUCAACAUCAAGCGAAAGUGGUGCUGAUUUUUCUGCAAUGAGUGCUGCAGGUCAUGAAUAUUAUCCCGAAAUUGGUAUUCCACGUGCAAAACUAAAAUCUGGAAAUGGUAUAAUGGAUGAUCAACAACAGCAUCGAUCGUUGGCUGUAUCGAGACUUCAUGAUUAUCUUGAUGAUGGUAUGCGUAUCCCACGUGUGCAUCUUAUUCGUGAUAAUGAUGCUUAUGAUUCUACAUCAGAAUCAUCAAGCGAAUAUACCAUACGCGAGGAAGUCAAAAAACAUGUGAUCACCGAUGUCACCAGAAAGGAAACCAAGAAGACAUUGACCACUGCCGACGUUCAUGGUGCUACAGCUGAAUUUCAUGUAUAUCCACCAAUUGAAGUUACAACCGAAUCUCACUCAUCAUGCCAGGUUGGAACAAAUAAUUCUGGUUCAUUGUUAGACAAAGAUGAACAGGAAAGAGGUGAAAGCAUAGCAGAAUUUAGCAUCGGUAAUACACGACGUGAUUGGAGUACAGCGGCGGGUAGAAGUUACGAAUUCAGCACAGAUCGUGAUUUGGAAUCGGUUAUUAGCGAUUCAGCGGCUGAAGACGAAGUAUAUGAUAAGAAAACCUCAGUGAAACGAUCACAUAAUUUUGAACCAGCUGUUGGAGGUGGUACCGAGCGCUAUCGUACUGAAAUAACCACAACAAAAUCAACAAAAGGAGUUUCGAAAUACUAA